ACGACGUGCCCUACCAACUAUUACUACUCCCUCUCACAACUCAAGUGCGUGUGCCUGCCUGGUCUAUAUUACAAUGGUGCCGACUGUGUUUCAUGCCCGAACAACCAGUACAUCAUGUCGGGAGGGUCUUCGUGCGUGUGCAAGCCGGGAUAUUACAUGUCGAAUGGCUAUUGCCAGCAGUGCCCCGGCAUGUACUAUUCCAACGGUGGGUCGACCUGCGCGGACUGUGGGUAUGGUUACACCUCGAUCAACUCCGCGUCACAGUUGGGCUGCACGAUCUGCCCGGCGGGCACGUACCAGCCGAGCCUACGGGGUGCCCAGUGUCUGUCAUGCCCCGCGGGGAGGGCGUCGUUGGCGGGUGCCUUUUGCUGCGACGGGUAUUACCAUGUGGGGGAUGGGGUGUGCGCGCCUUGCCCCGAG